GCGGAUGUAAUAGGUUGUCCAGUUUGAAGACAAUAGAAAAAAACAUUACUCGCCUCUCAGUUACGGCACCGUGAACACAACACUCGGACCGACGAAAUGAACACCUAAACAAGUAACCCAAUGGCGCGAUGGCGUUGGACAAAAUAUGGAUAGUUUCGGCCGUCAUUAUUGCUUCGUGGAAAGCCCGUUCACAUGAAACGAUUCCAAAUAAUACCGUGACGCCAUAUUCUAAUUUAACAAGACCAUUUUUGGAAAACGAUGACCAGACUUAUCGCCACAUAUCAGAUGUAUCGGAAACAAAAAAUAAUAAUGUGUAUAAACAAAACAAAGAAAAUCGUGCAUAUGAAGUUAAAAAUACACAUUCAAAUCGAUUAGAUGGAACUGUUAAACUUCCCGAUAGAAGCGUCUGUGGACCGUUAUCUGAAGAAGAAAGAAUUUAUGGAGGGGAAAACACGGCUAUUGACGAAUUUCCGUGGCUGGUGCGCAUAAAGUAUAUCCUUGAUAACGGGAAAGAGGUGUACGCGUGUGCUGGGUCACUACUAACGGAUAAUUAUGUGCUGACGGCUGCCCAUUGUGCCGUCAAUCUGACUAUUAAAGAAGUAAGAUUAGGCGACUGGAAUUUGCAAACAGAGUAUGAUUGCCAAGGAAGCGUUUGCAUUGGCCAUGCUGUAGACGUGAAAGUCGUCAAAGUGAUACCGUUUCCCAACUAUACUAAGAUGGACACUUUCAAAGGAGACAUUGCUUUGUUAAAGCUUCAAAGACCAGUGAAUUUUACAGAUUUCAUAAGGCCUAUUUGCUUGCCAACUACAAAAUUUGUCGCAAACCAAGAUUACUCUCCUGGAAGCACUUACUGGACAGCCGGGUGGGGAAAAACAGAAUUUGAGAAGAAACCUGCAAUUAAAAGAAAAGUGGAAUUGAAUGCGGUACCAGUUCCAGAAUGUAGAAGAAAACAACCCAUAUUAUCAGAUGAUACCGUAUCGUUUACAAUAUGUGCAGGAGGAACAGAUGGCAAAGACACUUGUGUUGGCGACUCUGGGGGAUCUCUAGUCAAACAAGUUACUGAAAACAGUACGACCAACUGGUUCUUAAUGGGCGUUACCAGUUAUGGCUACAAAGAGUGUGGAAGCGAAGGCAGACCAGGGCUGUACGCAAGAAUCACCCCGUACAUGGAUUGGAUCAUUCAUAACAUCGAAUCAUAAUUUCAAAACGACAUUUAUAUUGGUAUUUUUAUUAAAGUUUUCUACA